AAUAAAUAUAUAAAAAUGGCUCACAUGCAAUAUCUUCCCGGUGAUCCAAGAAUGGUCGACCAACUGGUUUACGAACUGAAGUCCAGGGGCAUAUUCGAUCAAUUCCGUAAAGACUGUAUUGCUGAUGUGGAUACAAGGCCAGCAUAUCAAAAUCUACGCCAGCGUGUGGAAAACUCAGUUGCCACAUUCUUGUCACGACAAUGCUGGACACCAGACUUAAACAAGAACCAACUUAGAGAGAAACUUCGGAAACACAUACUUGAUGGAAAUUACUUAGAGCAAGGUGUGGAGAGAAUUGUUGAUCAAGUAGUAAAUCCCAAAGUUGCAUCGGUUUUCAUACCUCAAGUAGAAGACCUAGUUUAUGACUUCUUAGGCAUCACUCGUAAGAAGAAGGAUGUACCAGUUUCAGAAACAUCGAAUUUAAAUGACAAUGAUAAUGAUCUGCUUCCUACAGAUUUGGAAGCAGUUAGUCCUGGUUCGGUUAAGAGCAAUGAUGAUAAAACGGAACAGAUGGAUACAGAUGAAAUUAAAGAUGAAAAUAAUAUGGAUGUUAAUCCAGAACCUAAACCAUAUAAUAAAGAAGAUGGCGCUGUUCCAUUAGAAUUACAAGAAAAGGGUAAAUGUGAUGGUCAGGAGACACAGUUAUCUGGAAUAAGUGAGUUAACAUCUAAUGAUUCUGAUGUUAGUAUAGAUAAGAGUUCAAUACCAUUACCAACUGAAGAAAUAAAGCCUGAAAACAUACCGCGCCCAGCUGACAGCCCUCCUAAAGUUGCUAAAGUUGAAUUAGCUAGCAUAGAGUUACCAAGGGAACCUAAUUUAUCGACUGAUAUACCAUUACCGGAUGAAAUUCAUACAUCCGACAAGGAUCAGUAUUUUAAACCAAUUAACACUAACAGUGAUGAUGAAUCUAGCUCUGAUUCGUCACUUAGAAGAAAUAUGUCUCCUCUUACACCAAUUCGGAAUUUUAAUAAUGAAAAUUCAUGUGACGCCCAACAAGCUUUUGAAAACGAUUCUGUAGAAAAAAACGAUGAUAAGAAAGAACCAAGCACCUUUAGAUUUGCAAUCGCAGAGACUAAAUCAUCAGAAAAUAGUUCUGAUGGAAUUAAAACUGAGAAAAAAGACUCUGAUCAAUCCGCUUUGUCAUAUCAGUUUAAUAAUCAAGUUAACAUUAAUACAUUUAAUACCCCAGUGUAUGAUGAUAGCUCAAACAGUAAUUUAUUGCAUAUAGAUUACGAAAGUGAUGUUAAUAGCAAAACAAAUACAGAAAAUAAAGUAAUUGAUCCCGAAAAUUCAGAGGAUUCAAAAAAAGAAAAAAAAGUAGAAGAAAAGAAAGGUAGUCAUAAAAGUUCACAUAAUUCUAGGGAAUCACAUAAAUAUUCUAGCAGCAAAGAUAGACGUUCAGAUUCUAAGCAAUCCAAUUCUAGAGACAGUAGUAAACACGAGAAAAAAUCAACCUCUAAAGAUGAUAACAAAUCUAAAUCAAGUCAUAAAGAUGGUUCCAAAGAUAAAAAAGACAGUAGAGAUUCUUCAAGGCACAGGAGUUCCCACAAAAGUUCUAGUCAUAAAGAUUCCAAAUCAUAUAAAAGCACAAGUUCAAGUCAAAGGCACUCAAGUAAACAUUCUGAAGAAAAAAAAUUGUCGUCGUCCUCAUCUAAUCACAGGGACAAAAAUGAAAAAAGUUCUGAAAAGAAUUCUAAAGAGUCCAAAGAGAAAUCGUCUAAAGAUUCAAAAUCUAGUUCACAUCGUUCAGAUAAGGAUCGAAAAAAUAACAGUAAGACUAAACAUGAGGAUAAAGAGAAAAGAAAAGAAAAGAAAGAGACAGAUGAUCACUACAGUUCAUCAGGAAGAGCAAAUCAUAGUCGUCGAUCUACCGACAGAGAUUCAAAUGAUGGUAGCUCGUCAUCAAAAGGCUCAAAUAAUCCCUCUAUGACAAAAUCUUCAGAAAGUAAAAAAGAUGAUAAAAGCACUUCAAAAUCUGAAACGACAUCGUCAGGUGGAGAUUCUACAAGUCCUAGUGAUAAAGAUCAUUGUCAAAAUGAAUGCAAAAACAAUACGGAAGAAAUCCAAACAAAACCAUGUGUAGUAAGAAUUGAAACACAUUUGGAAAUGCCAAUUGCUGCACCACCACGAUUACCGUUUGUACCUGACGUAACUAUAAAGAAGCCAAAAUAUGCUGCUAACUUAGAAGAAGCUAAAAAGUUGAUGAAAAUGCGCAAGUUCUUAGAUGAAGAACAGAAGAGAAUGAAUCAGGAAGCUGCUUUACUUCUAGAGUUUCAAGCAAAUGUACGACCUAGCUUAAGCCAGGUUUAUUCAAACAUUCCUGGACCAGAAUUAGAGUUUGCUUGUAUUACGAGUCCAGUAGAAGGAAAACAACAAAAUAUAAAUAGUUCCAAUAAUGUCUCUGGAAUUCAAACUACUGAAACGAAGAACGAUGCUAUUAUAGAAAUAUUAACUGCAGCGCAGCAAGUUGAGGAUAUAGAAGAGCAAAAACAACUACAAAGUCAGAAUAAUGACGAAAUAUUGGAAAUAAAAAACGAUGGCGAUGAUGUUGAACUUGAUGUAGACACAAAAGCUACAGUACAGAAAUUUGAAACUAUUGAAAAUAUUGAUAUAUCUGCAAGAAAUACAGUGAAAAUAGAAGAUAACGAUACUAAAUGCGAUGUCAUUAGUAUUGAACAUGCAAUGGAGUUUUUGCAUGAAGAGCCACACAGUAGAAAAGAUGUAACUCAGGAAGAAAUCCAAACUACAAAUGAUAAAAAGACGAAUACAAUAGAAAAUGUCCAAAAAGACCUAGAGAGCAAUAACAGAACUAAUUAUUUCGAAGUAACUGUUAUAACCGAAGAAUUGUCUGAACCAGAGGAUGUGGAGGAUAAGCUUAAGGAUAUAGUAGUAAAAAGUACAGAUAUUGAAAUACUUAGUAAAAAGGUAAAAGAAAAUAAUUCAAAUAUGACAUAUGAUAUGGAAGAUGAUCAAUACAAAGUAGAGACAAUUGUCUGCAAUCCUGAUGAAAGUUUGUUUCGGUACUUUGGAGAACAUGAAAAAUUUGCUGCAGAAUUGGAAAGAGAUACGUUUAGUAAAUUUCUACAAACAUAUACAGAAAAAAAUGUCAGCAGUAAAAUGUAUUUGAUCAAUUGUGACACAUAUGAAGAGAAUAUUCUCAAAGAGGUUGCACAGAAUUUUGGAAAUUAUGAAAUAGUAUCCUAUUACAAAAAUGGUCAUUACAAGAUUGCGAAAGCUACAAAUAUUAUUCGAAACCUUAAUGAUUCUGGUGAAAUUAGUCUACCUAGUACAGAUUAUUAUGAAAUAAAUACAAACAGACCAAUGUUUAGUCCAGUGAAAUCAGAAUGUUCAUUUGAACUAUCAAGUGAUUAUGAUGCAAAAUUAGAAGAAAUGGUCAACAAAACAUCCAGAAAAGAAAUAAUGGAAAUUAUACUAGGUGAUGUUGCAGACGAAUCACCAACUAAAAUGCCUAGAAUCGAUUAUUGCUCUGAAUUAAAUAUAGAGAGCAGUCAUGAAAACGCAUUAAAGAGAAAAUUGAAUGAAACAGAGAGUGUGGUUAAUAACAAUAGACCAGUUUUAACUCCAAACAAAAUUAGAAAAUUAAGUGGGUCUGAUCAGAUUUCGUCAACUACUGAAGAAAAUGAAGAAUCUAGCAAUAACAAUGUCCCAACCAAUGUUCGAUCGAAAUAUUUAGGCAAAGCUAAAAGAGUCGGACUUCCACGCCCAAGGAAAACCAAUUUGCCCAACAGUCCGUCCAGCGACAAAUCCAUCGAGAAUUACGAGCAAAACACACCAGUACAACAAACGCCAAAUGGGAAGAUGAAGGUGACACCCAGAAAUAAAGUGCAACGAUAUGACACUUCAGACUUAUAUAAACCAAAAUUACAUUACUUGUCUAGAAGGAAUAAUAUCAGUUAAAACAAACACUCGAUGGGUACACUGAUUCUGCAGCGGGAUCUCGGACUAUAAGGUUACAAAGAUUUUUUUAUUAUUUUCAUAAAUAUAACUCAUUGCAUAUGGUUUUAUUUACAUUAAAAAUUAAAUGUUUUAUCUAAUUCGUACAUAUUGAAAAAAAAUCUAUUAGUUUAAUUUGUAUUUACUUAAAUGUGAUUCUUGAGUUUCAUAUAUUAAUGUAUUGCGAAUAUGUAUAUGUAUGGAUGUGGAAAAAGCCUGGAAGAAAGAUGAGUAGUCCUAUUAAUGUGGUUUUUUAAAUUAAUGAAUAUAGUAAGUUGCACCUACUUGAUAAAAUAACUAUAACCUCAUAAGUACCAUGUAGGAUUUUUUAUAUAAUUUUGUUACUUUACACGAAUUAUUAUUGAUUUCCACGUAGCCACUAUGGCUACGUUGAAUUAGCGACAUAUUUGGAUUGGGACAGUCCUUUGUUUCCUGACGUUCACUGACUUGAUAGUACAACUACUUUAACCAUUGGGGCGGGCGGGCCUCCAUGGUGGACUUCUCCAAGUUAACGGCUCGGUGACGUUGACGCGUCUCCAUAUUGCAUUGCCAUUAUUUUUGUCACAAUUAAUGUCGGCAAAUAUACAUAGCCAAAUGUGGGUAUGUCCAGUAUUACAUUCACCAUGACUUCGAUAGUUAAAUGAUAGUAUAAUGCCUGUGACUACCUCAUUUGGGAUAGACGUGUGUAAAGGUUUGCUUUGUAUGUUUGUUUAACUUUGGCAAAUUUGUCUAGCGAUUAUGGUGUGGUAGCUAGACUAGUGUUGCAUAUUAAAUACACAAGUCAGACUAUUAUAUAACAUAUUUGGAAAAUGGCAUAUACCGGUACAGCGAUUUGUAAUGCAGAAGAAAUAGAAUAUACCUUAAUAGGUCUUUGGCUACGCUCAGCGAAGUGGUUGCUAACGGAAAAUUUAUACGUUUCUUAGGUAGGUACUUUCGAUGAAUGGCACCACAACAAGUCACUUUAAGCUGUCUACGUAUCUUUCUGGUGUUAUAUUAAUGAUAUUUUUGCACCCGUAUUACCAUCGCAAUAAUUAGAUACUGUUAUGAAACGUGACCUUUUUUUAUGAUAAGGUAAGUUCAUUCACUGACUGACAUAUGGUUAACGGUAAAAUAAUAUGUAACAAAAUUUUUACUUUUUACAAUAUUAUAAAAAAGUACCUGCUUAGACAUAGGGUACAGAACAAGCAUAAUAAGAAGUUAAUUGUAUAAGCAAAUUGAUAUAAGUCAAUAUCACUUGCCAGGGGUAGUAGUGAUUCCCAGGUAUAAACUGCAGGCAGUGUCGGACUCAAUUUUUAAUUCCGACUUAGUUUCCAAUACAGAAGUAUAUCAGCCAAAACCGAAACUAUACUUGCGUAAGACUGACAUUACAUUCGUUAUUUUUGUGCUUGACAGGCUCCAUAAUUAUGUAAUACAAACAAUAUAUGUAUUUAAGCAUCUAAGGAUUUCAUUUAUCAUUUAUAUAUAACUGAAUAUUAGCUAAUAUGUGAAUAAUAGAUAUAAUAAAAACUUAAGUGUACAAAAUAAGUACUUAAAAAGAAUGUUUCGGUUUUGGCUAUAAAUGAAAAGAUGUAAAACCUAUUUCGUUCGGAUAUUAAUAUCUGUAUAGAUUAUUAUAUAUUAUAUUCUGCAUGUAUCCCCUUUGAUUAAAUAUAACAUGAAUAUAAAAAUAAAUAGCAUUUAUGUUUACCCAUUAGUAUUUUUAUUAAUAGUUAUUUAUUUGAAAACAAUUAAAUAUUCAAAAUUCAAUAAUAUUAAUGUAUAUUAAUUUUAAGCUCCCAAUAAGUAUAUGCUUCAGCAUAGGCUACAGUCUGUGAAUUCAUUAUUCUGAGGUGCUGAUCAAUGUAAUAAAUAUCAUUAAACAAUAGCUUUAUUAUAUUCAAAAUACCGAAUACGCAUCGUUGUUAACUCUUAAAUUCACUAGGUACCUAUAACCGUUUUAAAAAGCUCGUUUUGACAUGUUAACAAUAUUAUAAAUUAUAUUAUAUGAAAAUAGAGAUAUAUAAAGGCCUUUCUAAUUAGAGAUUUUAAAAUGGUGGGUCCGUCUAUUGGUAUACUACGCUAGUAGGACCCAUGGAGGAGGGAAACAGAAUGAAUAAAAUGAAGAAUGAAGUCAAGUCCCUUACUGGAGUAAGGGACUUGACUUCAUUCUUCCUGGCAAAUUCCUAUGGAAUUACGAGGGUUUCCAUGUGGUAUCGCAUGGUGGUUGACCUGAUGAUUGUACCACACAUUGUUGGCCAGUCUCCAUUAUUAAUAAUACAUUUUACCUUAAGUAGUAGCUACUACUGUAAUAUAGUUAUACUGAAUUUAUUGAUAAAUGUCCUUCUCUCUUUUAACUGCAUUCAAAACGAGCCUUAUAAUUUCGGUUAGUAUAAGUUAGUAUUUGCUAGUUGUCAGAAUAUACGCAAUGUUAUCUAAAUAUAUUAUUAUGUUAAAUGUUGAUAAAUUUCAAAGUCUUCAUCGUCUACAUUAUUACCUGAUAAAUAAAAACAACACUCAAUAUGUAUGAAUGAGUAACUGUGUCACUCCAUAUUCGUUUUAAGGAAAAAGGUAGCCUAUGUCCUUUCUUUUGAGGGAUUUUAAUGAAAUAUGUCGUUCACCCUAACUUUCAUUUACUUCCGUUCAAUCUUGCAAAGGUAAUAACGGUUCAUUAGGCACAUUUUCGCAUUUAUAUCAGUACCAGCUGUGUCCGCGGUUUUGCCGCGUGAAAUUUAUAGCCUAUAAGUUAUUCUGAUGUUUAAACUAUAUUAUUGUAAAGUUUCAUCAAAAUCCUACAGUAGUUUUUGCGUGAAAGAGUUUAUAUACGCAAGAGGUAUGAGUAUGGAUGAUUGUUUGUACAUUCAUCCAUACUCACAAACUUUUGCGUUUAUAAUAUUAAUAAUAAGAGAGAUUAAAAAAAUACUUUACAACUGCGGACUAAAAAUCACGUUUAACUACAAUGAAAUCAACUUAACAUAAAAAAGUAUUUGGUAAAUUAACAUCAAGUGCAAAAUAUGCUUUUUUUAUUUGUAGUUGUGGGUGCAACGUAUUUUUUAUAUUAGCUGACCAUUAAUCAUUCAUCAACUGAUUGGAAAAUUAACUGAUAAUGCAAACGAUGCAAGACUUUGGUAGUAAGUCGCUUUUAACUAAUUUGUGUAUAGUUAUAUUAUUAUGUAGUUAAUUAUAUACAGCACUUUUAUAUUAUUAUAUAUAUUUAAUCAAGAAUCGAUUAUGUAAUUAUUAAUAAAU